AUGGACGAAAAGCAUGAUCAACAAGAUAAGCCGCCGCCAGGCAAUGCGCCGUGCGGCCCCGACGGCGUCUCUCCGGGGAAAUCGCGGUGGUCCGAUGCGUCGCCGAGGCGUGAUGCGCUCACCUGGUGCAGAAGCGUCUUCUUCGAGAUCGUCCUUGGUCGAAAGUCUUUACCACCAUCCAAGAACGGACGCCAAAUCCCUCUUCGCCUUGAUCAGGAGACACCACUAAGUGACGAAAGAAGGGGUGGCCAUCCUUACGUUUCCAACGCCAUCCGAACGUCACGAUACACGGUAUAUGACUUCAUACCAAAACAAUUGUUUUUCCAGUUCUCUCGCAUCGGCAACUUUUACUUCCUAUGCGUCGGUGUGCCACAGACUGUACCUGGACUUUCGACGACUGGUAAUUUCACUACGAUUUUACCUCUGCUGUUCUUUGUUUUAGUCACUGUCGCGAAAGAAGGCUACGACGAUUUCAAACGCCACAGGCUGGACAAAGUGGAGAAUGCAUGCGUAGCAAAGGUCCUUAAACACCACAAACGGCGCAAUGAUGCAACUCACCAGAACUGGUUGUCGAAGCUUCGGAAUAAGAUCGGAGGGAAAGAUGACCUGGAGUCAUAUGACUCGGAUGAGCCAUGGAUGGCGACAAAAUGGGCCGAUAUCGAGGUUGGAGACGUAAUAAAGCUGAAGCGAGACGAAGCGAUUCCGGCGGACAUUGUACUAUUGCAUGCCGAUGGAGAGAAUGGUUUGGCCUACAUCGAGACAAUGGCCCUCGACGGUGAAACGAAUCUCAAAAGCAAGCAAGUAUCGACCGCCAUCAGAGGCUGUGACACAGUCGAGGGGAUCAACGCAUGCGAUGCCGAAUUUGUUGUCGAAGACCCGAACCCAGAUUUAUAUACGUUUAACGGCAAGGUUACCGUUGACGGAAAGUCGUUGCCGCUGACUUCGGUCGAAGUCAUUUACCGCGGAAGCAUUCUACGCAAUACUAGAUGCGCCAUCGGUAUCGUCGUCAACACGGGAGAGGAGUGCAAGAUCCGUAUGAACGCCAAUCAGCACCCCAAAGCUAAGAAGCCCGCACUCGAAACUGUGGCCAACAAGAUUGUGCUCACCCUAGCCUUUUAUGUCGUGGUUUUGUCUGUCGGCUGUUCUGUGGGCUACAUAAUGUGGCAGCGAUCGCAGGAGCGAAGAACAUGGUAUCUCCAAGACGCCCAAGUCAAGCUCCACGAGAUAGUCAUCGGCUACAUCAUUCAGUUCAACAACGUCAUUCCACUGGCCCUCUAUGUCAGUCUCGAGAUUGUCAAAGUUGGCCAGCUGCUCAUGCUCAAUUCCGACAUUGAGAUGUAUCACCCCGAAACGGAUACGCCGGCUCGUUGCAAUACCAACACCAUCCUAGAAAACUUGGGUCAAGUUGGCUACAUAUUUACCGACAAGACCGGAACUCUUACUGAGAACGUCAUGAAGUUCCGCAAAUUGAGCAUCGCAGGAACGGCAUGGCUUCAUCAACCCGACGUGGAUCUGGAGUGCGAAAACAGCUCAACCGACACCCUGUCCGAAGCGAAAAAGGGCCCCCGAGUCUCGACACAGUACAUCCGGCCCGAGGCUAGUACAGAUGAUUAUCUCCAGUCCCCAACAUCUUUCGGUAGGCCUUCAAUGGCCCGCUCCAGGGCGCCUUCUACACGGAGGUCAUCCUCGCAAUGGAGGUCAACAGGCCGCCCUGACCACGUUCAACCUGAAGUCACGACCAAAGACCUCUUGGAGUUUAUCUCCUUGAGGCCCCAUUCGCUGUUCGCUAGGAGGGCAAAAGACUAUAUCCUCGCCAUGGCCCUGUGCCACACUUGUCUCCCAGAAAUGAGAGACGGAGAGAUAGAGUACCAGUCUUCUUCCCCAGACGAGCUAGCAAUCAUUCAGGCCGCCCAAGAGCUCGGAUAUACAGUCAUUGGUCGGUCUUCCACAAGCAUCACCCUGCGUCUUGCCUCGGAACCUGAAAAGGACCUUACUUUUGAGAUUCUGGACGUCAUUGAGUUUAGUAGCCACCGGAAGAGAAUGUCCAUCAUCGUCCGAUACCCCGAUGGACGGAUCUGCAUCAUUUGCAAAGGCGCCGACUCGGUUAUCCUCCCAAGACUCAAGAUGGCAAAUCUGGCUUUGCAAAAGGCCCAGGAUGUGAGAAAGAGCGCUGAUCUCGAACACGAGCUUCUGAGGAAGAGCGAGCAGCAAGAGCCAAGGAUUAGCAUCGGCGGUCGCGCGAGCAUGACGCUGCGACGAAGUUUAGCCUUACAGCGAAAUGCGCCCGGGCCAAGCUCAAGACCACUGAUGGAUCGUAGUGUAUCAUUUGAGGCAAGCAAGCUACGGAAAUCUGGAGACUAUUUACGUCCGUCCAUCACCAUCCGCACCCCUUCCUUUGAAGCUUCACCCACUACAUCUGGCCUGGCACAUCAGACUCCUGAAAAGUUUGCCUUUCUUGACGACCCCGCAAUUGCGGACGACUCGACCAUUUUUACAAGAUGCUUUAAGCACCUCGACGAUUUUGCCACUGAAGGCCUCCGCACUCUCUUGUUUGCGCAAAAGUUCAUCCCCGAGCAGGACUAUCGCGCUUGGAAGCAGUCUUUCGACGACGCAGCCACCAGUUUGACCGACCGCCAAGAGAAAAUUGAGGCUGCAGCAGAGACGAUCGAGCAGUCUUUCAAUCUUGUCGGCGCCUCCGCCAUUGAGGAUAAGCUUCAGGAGGGUGUUCCGGAGACAGUUGAUAAGCUUCGUCGCGCCAACAUCAAGAUUUGGAUGUUGACGGGUGACAAGCGUGAGACGGCCAUCAAUAUCGCACAUUCUACCCGGAUUUGCCAACCGGUUUCGGAUCUCUACACACUCGAUGUUACCAAAGGAGACCUUUCUGGUCAACUGCUUGCAUUGUCGGAAGAUUUACACUCUGGCAUGGUUCACAGCGUUGUGGUUAUUGACGGCCAAACUCUAGCCGCCGUCGAGAAGUCUCCCGAAUUGACAGCGCAGUUCUACUCUGUUGUCCCACUUGUCGACUCCGUCAUUUGCUGUCGAGCAUCACCUGCACAGAAGGCACUCAUGGUCAAGACGGUGCGGUCGCAGCUACGCAAAAAGAGAGGGGGUCGCAUGGGCUACGGUCUCACUCUUGCCAUCGGUGACGGCGCCAACGACCUGGCCAUGAUCUCCGCUAGUCACGUCGGCGUCGGCAUCUCAGGCAACGAGGGUCUUCAAGCUGCACGAGUGGCUGAUUAUGCAAUUGCUCAAUUUCGAUUUCUACAACGGUUGCUGCUGGUCCAUGGCCGAUGGAACUACGUUCGAACUGCCAAGUUUAUCCUGUGUACUUUCUGGAAGGAGAUGUUCUUCUACCUCCCGACUGCGCUUUACCAACGAUACAAUGGAUACACGGGAACAUCGCUGUACGAAAUGGCCAGCUUGACCGUCUUCAACACGCUCUUCACCAGUCUCUGCGUCAUCUGCAUGGGUAUCUGGGAACAAGACCUCAGCGCUGACACGCUCCUCGCUGUGCCGGAGUUGUAUGUGUACGGACAGAGAAACAUGGGUCUCAACCUGGCCAAGUACACCGGAUGGAUGUUCUCCGCGGCGUGUCAAGGUGUACUGGCCUACUGGGGCGUCUGGGCGGGAUAUGUGUGGUUUGCACACUCGAGCGACCAGGGUCUCUUUGCUGUGGGUGAUCUUGCGUUCACUGUUGGUGUCGUUUGGAUUAAUUAUAAGUGCUUCAUCCUCGAGACACAUCACAAAUCAGCAAUUGUUAUGGGGUCAUUCUUCAUCACUUUUUCAGGGUGGUGGGCUUGGAAUGCCUUUCUUUCGGGCAUUUAUACCCCCGCACCGAGCCCGUAUGCAGUUCGAGACGGGUUCUCAAAGAUCUUUGGUGCGGAUCCUGUCUGGUGGUUGACGCUCAUAAUCGUCACCCUCGUGUUUAUUCUAAUGGAGACCAUCUUCCGCACUUUUCAGCGGAGCAUGAUCUUGAACGGCAUGUGGAGAUGGCCUUGGGUCCGGAAGGAGAACGAUGUUUGCGCCGACGAGUGGCGCUUGGAGCUAUGGCAGGAACUAGAGAAAGACCCUGCAGUGAGAGAGCGAUUGAAAAAGCUAGCUCGCGAUGAGCCUGAAGAGGAGGAGGAGGAAGGAGACUUUGACGUCGCCGUCUUGGAGAGGACGGGAUAA